UAUAAAUAGGCUCGGCAUUAUUAUGAGCAGUAGUUAUAGGUUAAUAGAGCUACUGAAUGCUACGGGACGUUGGAGUACACGCUUCUUAAGAGAUGAACUGGUUUCUGUGCCUGACUGCUGCAGGUCUUUACCUGUGCUUACAAUGCCAGGUGAAUACUGCAUCCCAUGUGAGCAGGGCUAACAUUGAAAGAGCUGUGGUCGCUGCCAAGGCUGCGGUGGACUCAGCGUAUGAUUACUCCAGGAGCGUGAGCAUUGAACGCCUCAGGAGGAAUGUAGUGAGUCCUGCAGACAUCCUGCGCACCUUGAAGCAGCCUGUUGGGGCAACCCGUACCGCUGUGCGUGCUGCUGACUACAUGGAUUAUACUGUUAAACUGAUCACGAGCUCUUCGGAAAGACGUCGGAGACGCUCCAUCAAUGCCACAGAUGUGCUCGAUGAUGAGGAUCUGGCCUUCAUCGCUGAGCUGACAGGCUGCUCCCCCCAACAUCGUGUCCCUUCCUGCAGGACGACUGCCAAUUUGGACAAGUUUCGCACUGCAAGCAGCGUCUGCAACAACGAAGAAAACACCCGCUGGGGAUCCGCUAACACAGCUUUCACCCGCUGGCUCCCUGCUGAGUACCAGGAUGAAAUCUCACUGCCUAAAGGGUGGGACCGUACUCGCAACGUCCACGGACACAUACUUCCCUUGGUGAGGGAGGUGUCCAACCAUAUUAUGCGCACAGCAAAUUCUGAUGUGGAGAGCGACCCACUCUACACUCACCUGGUGACGAUCUUCGGCCAGUGGACUGACCACGACCUGACCUUCACGCCUCACUCUCCUGUCAUUCGCUCAUUCAGUAACGGUAUUGACUGUGAAAGGAGCUGUGAACGCACAGAGCCCUGCUUCCCCAUUGAGAUUCCCGAGCAAGACCCCCGCUUUGGCAAUAAUUCAGACCACUGCAUGCCCUUCUUCCGCUCAUCAGCAGCCUGUGGUUCUGGCAACACAGGCCAUUUCUUUGGUGCAAGCAACGUCCGUCAGCAGAUGAACUCCCUCACAGCUUUCAUUGAUGUGGGUCAGGUGUACGGUGCAGACAAUGUCAAAGCUCGCUUCUUACGCGACCUCACCACAAACAAGGGCCUGAUGAGGGUCAACACAGCCUACACUGACAACGGACGUGAGCUCCUGCCCUUCGCCAGCUUAGUGAGCAACAUGUGUGCCACCCGAGCUCGUAUCACCAAUGACGCUAAUGCAGAGGAGGUGCCCUGCUUCGUGGCUGGUGACGAGCGUAGCAAUGAGAACAUCGCCCUGACCUCUUUACACACACUGUUCAUGCGUGAGCACAACCGACUGGCACGUGCUCUGGCCGAACUCAAUCCUCACUGGGAUGGAGAGAGACUCUACCAGGAGGCGCGCAAAAUCAUGGGAGGAUACUUCCAGGUUAUCACUUACAGAGAUUACCUACUCCACAUUGUUGGUCCAGACACCAUGGCGAGGCAGCUGUCCAUCUACCCCGGUUAUGAUGAAAAUGUGGACCCCAGCAUCUCCAAUGUGUUUGCCACAGCUGCCUACCGAUUCGCUCACCUGAUGGUUCAGCCUUUCAUCUUUCGUCUUGAUGAGAAUUACCAGGAACACCGUGAUUACCCAAGCCCACUACUGCACAAAGCUUUCUUUGCACCGUGGAGAAUCACCUUUGAAGGUGGUUUGGAUCCAAUCAUCAGGGGCUUGGUGGGUCAUAAGGCCAAGCUGAACACACAGGAUCACAUGAUGCCUGAUGAGCUGAGGGAUAAGCUGUUCAAAUUCUCUUCUGACUUGGCACUGGAUCUAGCUUCUCUCAACAUGCAGAGAGGCAGAGACCAUGGAUUACCAGGCUACAAUGCAUGGCGCAGGUUCUGCGGGCUGACGCAGCCACGGAAUCUAGCAGAACUGACUCAAGUGAUGAACAGCUCUUAUAUGGCCCAAAAACUUUUGGAUCAGUACGGCACACCUGAGAACAUCGAUGUGUGGCUGGGAGGAGUGGCUGAGCCAUUUGUCCGUGGAGGAAGAGUCGGACCCCUGUUUGCCUGCCUGAUUGCCACUCAGUUUGAGAAGAUCCGCCAGGGAGACAGACUCUGGUGGGAGAAUGACGGAGUCUUCACUGAGGCCCAGAGGCAGUCCCUGAGGGACACAUCACUUGCUCGGAUCAUCUGUGACAACACUGGUAUCACUGAGGUACCAGACCAGCCCUUCCAGUACCGUCCUCGAGGAUCCGGUUACACCAGGUGUGAGGACAUCAGAACCUUUGACCUCAGUCCAUGGAGGGAGAAUACACAAGAACCAAAUGGAAACCAAGGACCACCAGGACCCCCAGGACCCAUGGGACCACGUGGCCCCCCUGGCCCUCCUAGCAGCGUUGCAAAUGUUGCCUUCACUGUGAGACUGGGCAGCAACUACCCCAGUUCAGGUGGGCCCAUCGUCUUCCAUGAACCAAUCUACAAUGAACAACACAGCUAUAACAUCUGGACAGGGUAUUUUACGUGUGAGCAUCCAGGUGUGUAUGAAUUCAGCUUCCACUGCACCAUCUACAAUCGCGAUGCCGUUGUGGAUCUGAAGCGUAACGCAGAACUCAUUCUGCACUCAUUCACCACCCGUCAGAACGGUUACGUCACAGCCAGUGGCAGCACGUACAUUAAGCUCAAGAGGGGAGACAGGGUUUUUCUGGAGACCAGCCAAGGUAGCAACGGUCUGACACGUGACAGCUACUUCUCAGGGCAUUUCCUGUACACUGACUAGGGGCCUGAAGUGCUGCAGGAGGGGUGAGAUCCUUUCCAGUUUGCACAGUGCAGUUCCUUGCAUUGCACUAAAGGUUGCACAGGUUAAUGAAGGCAUAUUUAUAAUACACUGAUACAUGCACUAGUAAUUUAAUAGAAAGGGCAUUGUUUAUUCUACAUAUUAUUUUGUGAAAACUAUUUGACUUAAUGUGUGCUUUUUUUCUAAUUAUCUUUUAAAUAAGUCAUGUAUUGCUUAAUAUUGUCUUUUCCUCUUUUCUGAAAAGUGUACAGUAUGGUUGAUUUUUUACAGCCCAUGAAAUAAAUAAAUGCAAAUGAAUGUAAACUAUCAUGUAAUCUCCAAAUAAGAUACAGCUGCAAGAACUGUCUUUUAAAACCUUUCUAUUUUUUUAUUUUUUGGAGCACACUUUUGGUUUCCAGAAUUUGAGUCUAAGUCAUGUUAAGUUUGACAUUAAUAAAGGAUUGUUGUACAGAUUAA